GGGGCGGACCCAGGCGCCGCCGAUGUCCCCCCGUCCCCCGGCGGAGAGGGAGAGCGGCGGGACGAUGGCUUCGCAAGGUCCACUCUGGAGGAAGGUCCAGUCCUUCAGCGGUCCCGUCCCACGGUCCCGGCACGGCCACCGGGCCGUGGCCAUCCGGGAGCUGCUCAUCGUGUUCGGGGGCGGGAACGAGGGCAUCGCCGAGGAGCUGCACGUCUACAACACCGGUACGGGCUGGGCAGCUCGCGCCCGCCGGAACCGCCGCAGCCGGGGGGCACGGGCCGGCCGCCGCGCGGGGCUGGAGGGGCUCGCGGGGCAGAGCGGGUCGUGCACGGCGGACCUGGCGCGUGUGCGCGCGUGCACCACCCAUUGUGUGCGCGGGGCGCUGGCAACAUGUGUCUUUGUUUACACGGGCUCGCCUGCGUCCCGCUGUGGUCCAGGGGCGCUUUGGGGUUUUCAGGUGGUCCUGCCUGAAAGUUUCCGUGCGAUAGUUGUUUGUUUUUCUGCGGAAGAGCGCUCAUGUUCUCUGGCUGCUGUGAUCUUGCGUUCCCCAGAAACCAUGACCUGGUCUCAGCCGGACACCCGCGGGCCUGCCCCGGCCCCCAGGAGCCUCCACUCCGCCAACGUCAUAGGAAACAGAAUGUUUGUGUUCGGGGGCUGGAUCCCGGUUCUGAGGAGCGAAGACAAGCCGAGCUCGCUGGGCGCCGAGUGGACGUGCACCAACUCCAUGUCCGCCCUGAACCUCGACUCCAUGACCUGGAGCUGCCUGUUGUCCAACGAAGACGGCCAGGAGGAGGGGAAAGGAGCUGGCAGCGGCCCCAGGCCCAGGGCAGGGCACUGCGCCGCCACCAUCGGCUCGCGCCUCUACAUCUGGAGCGGCCGGGACGGCUACCGGAAGGCCUGGAACUCCCAGGUGUGCUGCAAGGACCUGUGGUACCUGGAGACGGAGAAGCCCUCCACCCCGUCGGCGGUGCUGCUGGUGAAGGCCACCAUCAACACGCUGCACGUGGCCUGGCGGCCCCUCCCUGCGGCAGAGGCCUACCUGCUCCAGCUGCAGCCUCUUUGCGCGGGACCGGCCCCCUCCCCCGGCCCAAAGCAGCAGCAGCCUUCGUCCGAGGCGCCCCCUUCAGGACCGCCGGCCGCCCCGGACUCAGGCAGCGGCCGGGCCCCCGGCGAGAGGCCCCUGGGAGACGCGAGUCCUCGCGCGCGCCUGGAGGCCGCCCCUCCGGAGGGAGCCCACCUGGCGCACCGGACGGACGACAACAGGCCCGCUGGCACCCGGCUGCCCGCCGCCAUCUUUCUUCCAGAGCGAGAGUCUUCCCCAGCCCCAGCGUCCCCCUUGCCUACUGCCAACGGCGCCGCAGACAUGGAGCCCGCAGAAGAAAGGGCAGACCCUCCCCAGUGGUACGAUGUGGGAAUUUUCAAAACGCUCUUCUCAGAGGUGACGCACUACUACCUGCCGCCACCAGGGGGCGCCCAGGGGCCAGUUAAACCAGCUGAUGUGCAGGACUAUGGGGACCGGAAGCAGCAGCCGCUGACCCCCGGCGCCACCUACAGGUUCAGAGUGGCAGGGAUCAACAGCUGUGGCCAGGGGGGGUACAGUCCUGUCAGCGAAUACAAGACCUGCCAGCCGGGCUUCCCUGGGGCCCCCUCCUCCGUCAAGAUCACAAAGGCUGCAGAUUCCGUUCACAUCACCUGGGAGCCGCCCAGCUCUCCGUCCGGCCGGAUCCUGGAGUACUCCAUGUACCUGGCGGUGCGGAAGUCCCGCGCCAGCAGCCCCGGCCCGCUGGCCUUCAUCAGGAUCUACCGCGGCACCAAGACCUUCUGCACCGUGUCCUCCUCGCACCUGGGCAACGCGCACAUCGACUGCACCUCCCGGCCCGCCGUGGUCUUCCGCAUCGCCGCCAAGAACGAGCAGGGCUACGGCCCGGCCACGCAGAUCCGCUGGCUGCAAGAUACAUAUAAACAGAAAGUGCCACAACCUGAGACCUGUGAGAAACAUGGACUGAUGAUGCCAGACAGCGCUUGUUCUGAGAAGACCAAGACAGAGACCUGAGCCUGCACGGGAGAAAACGCACGUUGUAAAUCUAAUAGUUUUCCUACUUAUUUUUUUAUAUUUGGUUUUUGUACAUAUUCUGUAUACAUAAAUAUAUUUUUUACCA